CAAGCCAAAAAUUCCCAGGGAAGGUGUGACCACGAGCGUGUGGCGGUGAGACACCCGGCGGUGGGCGUGGCUCCCAAUUUAUGCAAACGAUGGGGGGGCGGGGGUGAGAGUCAGUGCAGAGAUGCUCCCCCGGAGGCCGCUCGGCCGCUGCUCCUUCCUCUUCUUGCUGGGGGUCUCCUUUGACGUCCUGGGGCUCGGCCUCAUCCUGGUCGGGGUGUUCGCGGAGCUGCAGCUGGACGGCCGGAGCUUCGGGGAGUUCCUCAUCUACGGCGGCGGCAUCGUGCUCUUCUUCAGCCUGCUGUGGUGGCUGGCCUGGUACGCGCUCAACCUGGAGGUGGCGCUGGACGAGCCGGCCCGGGAGCCGGCCCCGGGGCGGAGGGACCUGGUGCAGCUGGCCCGCAAGGUGACCGAGAGCUUCUCCAAGAGGGGCCGCAGGAAAGGCGCCGCCCCGACUACGGCCGCCCUCAGGCUGACCACCGCUGCAGUCAGCCCGACCACCGCUGCAGUCAGCCCGACCACCGCUGCAGUCAGCCCGGCCACCGCUGCAGUCAGCCCGGCCACAGUCAGCCCGGCCACCACUACUGUCAGCCCGGCCACAGUCAGCCCGACCACCACUACUGUCAGCCCGGCCACAGUCAGCCCGACCACCGCUGCAGUCAGCCCGGCCACAGUCAGCCCGGCCACCACUACUGUCAGCCCGGCCACAGUCAGCCCGACCACCGCUGCAGUCAGCCCGGCCACCGCUGCAGUCAGCCCGACCACAGUCAGCCCGGCCACCGCUGCAGUCAGCCCGGCCACCGCUGCAGUCAGCCCGGCCACAGUCAGCCCGGCCACAGUCAGCCCGGCCACCGCUGCAGUCAGCCCGGCCACAGUCAGCCCGGCCACCGCUGCAGUCAGCCCGGCCACCGCUGCAGUCAGAGGGACCACAGUCAGCCCGGCCACCACUACUGUCAGCCCGGCCACAGUCAGCCCGACCACCGCUGCAGUCAGCCCGGCCACAGUCAGCCCGACCACCGCUGCAGUCAGCCCGGCCACCGCUGCAGUCAGCCCGGCCACCGCUGCCGUCAGCCCGGCCACGUUCUGCCCGGCUGCCGUCAGCCCGGCCACCGCUGCCGUCAGCCCGGCCACGUUCAGCCCAGCCACCGCUGCCGUCAGCCCGGCCACGUUCAGCCCAGCCACCGCUGCCGUCAGCCCGGCCACCGCUGCAGUCAGAGGGACCUCAUUCAGCCCGACCACCGCUGCAGUCAGAGGGACCACAUUCAGCCCGACCACAUUAAGCCCGGCCACCGCUGCAGUCAGGGGGACCACAUUCAGCCCGACCACCGCUGCCUUCAGCCCGUCCACAUUCAGCCCGACCACCGCUGCCUUCAGCCCGUCCACAUUCAGCCCGACCACCGCUGCCUUCAGCCCGACCACCGCUGCCUUCAGCCCGUCCACAUUCAGCCCGACCACCGCUGCCGUCAGCCCGUCCACAUUCAGACUGACCACCGCUGCCCUCAGCCCGACCAGAGCCCUGGAGCUCAGUGCUGCCCCCUGCAGGACGGUGAAUGAGAACUUCUCCAAGAGGAGCCGGAGGAAAGCAGAAGGCGCCGUCCUCAGCCCUGCCCCCUGCAGGGAGGUGGGCAGUGGUGCAGGAGGCCAGGGGAUGGCGGACAGGAUGGUGUGACCCUGCUGGAGCUCAUGGAGAUGAAGAACAUCUCGGGAAGCUUGAAUUUCCGACCCGUUUCCAGUGUGACCUGGUCCUCCAAGGCGUCCAUCCUCUUCCGGAUUCUCCCACCGAGGCCGGGUGGAUGUGAAUGAGGCUGGAGGGACAUUUUAUACGAUGAACACUAUUUAUUGCUGCGCACCGGUUAGCGUCUUUUAUUUUUUCUCUCCCUCCCCCGUUAUAAUGGGGACUGUUUCUUUUUGUUUUUUAUCACUCCAGUGGAGCAGAUGGCAGUCACUUAUGGGAGAAACGGGGUCAAAUUAUUAUGAGUUGUUGUCCUUUUUCCAACCUGUAUAUAUCUGUGUAAUGAAUGAUUUGCUGUUUACUUUGACUUUUUGGAUUUUACUAAGAUUUCAAUAUAUAAAAAAAUAAUAUAGUUUUCCUGUGUUUUAUGGGACGUGAGGAUCAGGCUCGCGGGGUAUUCGCCAAACAGAGCUGCAAGGUUCAUCUUGCAUCAAUCCAGCCAUUUUUUUAUUUUGUUUCUCGCACUCAAAAUGCAAUAAACAUUUCUGAAUAAAG